GUACCCGUCCCGUCGGUGAGUCGGUGAGGAAGCAUCCGAGCACGGAGCUGGGUUGCAGACGACUGGCCGAGGAACCUGGACUAGGCUACGGCGUGAGAAAAGCGUGUCCAGCGGGGCCAGCAGAAGCCGCGCAGGGGUUUCAGGUGGAACCGAGGGACUUUGAAUAUGUCGGGGAUUGCCCUCAGCCGACUUGCGCAGGAAAGGAAAGCUUGGAGGAAGGACCACCCUUUUGGCUUUGUGGCUGUCCCAACAAAGAACCCUGAUGGCACGAUGAACCUGAUGAACUGGGAGUGCGCUAUCCCUGGGAAGAAGGGGACUCCGUGGGAAGGAGGCUUGUUCAAGCUACGGAUGCUUUUCAAAGAUGAUUAUCCGUCCUCACCACCAAAAUGUAAAUUUGAGCCACCACUGUUUCAUCCAAACGUAUAUCCUUCUGGCACAGUGUGCCUGUCCAUCCUGGAGGAAGACAAGGACUGGAGGCCAGCUAUCACAAUCAAACAGAUCUUAUUAGGAAUACAAGAACUUCUAAAUGAACCAAAUAUUCAAGACCCAGCUCAAGCAGAGGCCUACACAAUUUACUGCCAAAACAGAGUGGAAUAUGAGAAAAGGGUUCGAGCACAAGCGAAGAAGUUUGCCCCCUCAUAAGCAGCGGCCUGGGCUCCAUGACGAGGAAGGGAUUGGCAUGGCAAGAACUUGUUUACAGCCUUUUGCAGAUCUAAGUCGCUCCGUACAGUUACUAGUCGCCUGGGAGGGUUGAGCGGGCACCAUUUUCCAUUUCCGCCACUGGCAUAUACAGUCUCAAUUCGCUGAAUUGCCCCAGUUUUUCAUACAGGGUCUCUUCCUUCAGUCUUUUGUAUUUUUGAUUGUUAAGUAAAACUUGCUUUUAUUUUAAUAUUGAUGUCAGUAUUUCAACUGCUGUAAAAUGAUAAACUUUUGUACUUGGUAACCCCCUAGGAGUGUCGCGCUCGGAUGCAGGCAUGCUUCCCACUGAGCUCUGGCCUCCAGCUGGCUGUAUGACAGAACCACACUGUCCCUCCUUCCCUACCCUCGUCCUUCUCAGAAACCUGGGCUGUUGCUUCUGAGCCUCAGAUCCAAAGUUGGCCAGCGUCUCCAUUCUGCACCACUUCCUUUGUGUUUAUAUGGCGUUUUGUCUGUGUUGCUGUUUAGAGUAAAUAAACUGUUUGUAUAAAGGUUUUUGUUGCAUUAUCAUCAUUAAAAUGUGAGGAGGUGCCUCAGGAUGUCUGGCCCUCCGCACAUGGCUGCAGCCCUUGCCAGGCACCAAGGCUGAGCCCCAGGACCAGCACCUAGGAGGUCUCACAGCUUCUGCUAGGGACAUGCCCAGGCCCCCUGCAGCUCCAUCUUCAUUUGGUUCUUUGUAAAUAGGACUGUGUACAGAGAUGUGUUCUGUUCUCCCCACCUGGGUCUUUGGGCCUUAAGGUACCAGGCAGCGUUGAGAUCCUCAUGAAAUUGAAAUCCACAUCCAGCCUUCGUAAGUCCAGCAAGGUCAAAGACUGGCUGACCCAGACCAAGGCUGAGGCCAGGUGAGAGCCAAGGACAAACUGGCCUACAUUGAUCUCCCUGCCUGUUAGCUGUGCAGUGGGCCCCACUGUGGCCUGAAUGCUAGCUUCAGGCCUUUCGAUGCCCUACCCUUGCACCUGGAAGAGGCAGCCCUGCCACCAGCCCAGGCAAACAGCGGGUCCUUCCUCUAGAGCACCUGAGCACACAGCUCCUGCACCUCCUGGCCUGCUUUCAACCCUACCUACCGCCCGGGAGACCAGCCUGGUGUGGCCUCGGCACAGGAUGACCUCAGGUACUACCGUCCAUAUAAACUCUGCUUGCUGGAGCUGGUCUGGGUGAAGCUGCUCUUGGCAGUGGCCUGCCUGGCUGUGUCUAUGAUCUUGGGGCUUACAGAACACAGGGAGGUGCAGUGGACAUAGACAGUGAUCAGUCUCCAUCAGACUUGUUCCUGAGGCCCCCUGGAAGACCCUUGAAAUGGGAACCAGGCACCAGUGGCUCAAGUUCAGGGACCAAUCAAGGGGGUGGCCAGGUCUGCAGCCAGGAGUCUUCACUCUGGAAUCAGAGGGACUUGUGCUCACACAGCUGGUGGCACCUGUAUGGACUGGGCUGCCAGUGCCUUGUGGGUAUGUUUAGACACGAGUAUAGUCAGGAGCUGAGUUUGGAUGGACAGUUGCAGCUAAUGGCACAGGCAGGGCCUCACCCGGGGAGUUCAGGCUGGUGUGUGUGUGUAGCCUGCUCUCAGAAUGUCUUAUUUUGUAACAACUGACUACAUUUAGUAAUAGGUACACAUGUAUAUGGUUAAUAUAUGGAAAUUCAAUAUAUUUUAUAGUUAAAGUAUUCUAAAGUAACUGAUGUUUCUAGCAAACUGUAGUGACCCCAGCUAUGAAGUGUUCCUUUUGUACCACAGUCCUUGGAUUACCAGAGAUGUGAAUCUUGUAACAUGAGAAUGUGGUCUGUGACCAUCCUGUGUUAAGAUGGUGGGGAGGAGGGUAUCCCAGCAUGACGCCUCAUUGGUAAGGAAUUGUGGGCGACAGAUUAACCACUGUAUCUACAAAUCCUCUAAUUAAAACAUUUCCACAAACUGCA